AUGGCUUCAGAUCGCGAUGUCCUUCCAGCAUGGGCUAAGCCCUCGCACUAUGACCUCUCCCUCUACGACCUCGAAUUCGGCGGCAAGUUUGGAUACCACGGCACCGUUAAGAUCAAUACAAAGAUUACCAAGGAUGACGGCUUCAGCACGCUCGUUCUCAACGCUCACCAGCUCAAGCUCAAGAGCGCCGAGCUGAAGGCUGGCGAUAAGACAUACCCAGCCAAAGACUUCAGCUACGAUGAGAAGAGGCAGCAGGUUACGCUGAACUUUGGCGACAGCAUCACCUACACUGGCGAGACUGUGCUGGAGAUCCAGUUCCAGGGCGCUGUCAACAACGUCAUGGCUGGUUUCUACCGCUCCAAGUACAAGCCCAAGGGCGAAGUUCCUGCGUCUGUAGCCAAGGACGACGAGUUCCACUACAUGUUCAGCACCCAGUUCGAAGCUUGCGACGCCCGUCGCGCCUUCCCUUGCUUCGACGAACCCAACCUCAAGGCUACGUUUGACGUUGAGCUCGAAGUACCCAAGGACCAGGUUGCACUUAGCAACAUGCCUGAGAAGGAAAUUAAGCCUAGCAAGCGGGACGGCUUCCAUACUGUUGCGUUUGAGAGGUCACCCAUCAUGUCGACAUACCUCUUGGCAUGGGCUAUUGGUGACUUUGAGUACGUCGAGGCUUUCACCGAGCGCAAGUACAACGGCAAGAACAUCCCAGUCAGGGUCUAUACGACUCGCGGUCUGAAGGAGCAGGGACGCUUUGCCUUGGACAAUUGCCAUAAGAUUGUCGAUCACUUUUCUGAAAUCUUCCAAAUUGAUUAUCCUCUUCCCAAGGUCGACCUGCUGGCCGUUCAUGAAUUUUCACACGGAGCCAUGGAGAACUGGGGUCUCAUCACCUACAGAACGACCGCAGUACUUUUCGACCCUGCGACUUCCGCAGACAGCUACCGAAACCGGGUAGCCUAUGUUGUAGCUCACGAGCUUGCCCACCAGUGGUUCGGUAACCUUGUCACCAUGGACUGGUGGAGCGAGCUGUGGCUCAACGAGGGUUUUGCUACCUGGGUCGGAUGGCUUGCUAUUGACCAUCUUUAUCCAGAGUGGAAUGUCUGGGGACAGUUUGUCACUGAUUCCGUGCAACAAGCUUUCGCUCUUGACGCCCUGCGCACCUCUCACCCCAUCGAAGUGCCUGUAUACGACGGCCUGGAGGUUGACCAGAUUUUUGAUCACAUUUCCUACUUGAAGGGAUCUUCCGUCAUUCGUAUGCUGAGUGCUCAUCUUGGCGAGAAGGUCUUCUUGCAAGGUGUUGCAGACUACCUCAAGGCCCACCAGUACUCCAACGCAACCACCAAUGAUCUAUGGUCUGCUCUGAGCAAGGCUUCUGGCCAGGACGUCAACAGCUUCAUGGACCACUGGGUCCGCAGGAUAGGUUUCCCUGUCGUCACCGUCGCCGAAGAGCCUGGUCAAAUCGGGCUUCGCCAGCAACGCUUCCUUCUCGCCGGCAACGUUAAGCCGGAAGAGGACCAAACUACUUGGUGGAUCCCGCUGGGUCUUCACACUGGUGACUCACCCUCUACGGCGUCCGUUCACGGAACCACUGCCUUGACACAAAAGGAAGACACAGUCCGGGAUGUCAGCCAGGGUUUCUACCAGCUCAACAAGAACCUUACUGGCUUCUACAGAACUAACUACCCUCCGGACCGUCUGAAGAAGCUCGGAGAAGCCCGCGACCAGCUUACUGUACAAGACAAGAUCGGUCUUGUUGGCGAUGCAUAUGCCAAUGCUGUAGCUGGAUACGGAUCUACUGCUGGCCUGCUCGCACUAGCAGAACGCUUCCAGGACGAAUCCGACUACCUUGUUUGGUCCCAAAUUCUUACCAACAUUGGUAAUGUCCGGAGUGUGUUCUCCGGUAGCGAGGAUAUCAGUGAAGCUUUGAGAAAGUACCACCUCAAGCUCAUUACACCGGCUGUCGAGAAGGUUGGAUGGGAGUUCAAGGAUGGUGAGAGCUACCUUGUCGGUCAGCUGCGUGCUAGCCUUCUCCUAUCUGCAGGUAUCGUUGGCCACCAGGCUACUGUUGAUGAGGCGCUGAAGAGAUUUGACGCGUACGUCUCUGGUGGAGACAAGAAGGCCAUCCACCCUUCGCUCCGCCGGGCCGUCUUUUCCACAGCCAUCAAGAACCGUGGCGAGCCAGCGCUCAAGGCUGUGCAGAAUGAAUACCUCAACACAACAUCCAUUGAUGGAAAGGAAAUUUGCCUAGGCUCGCUUGGCCGUGUGCAAACACCUGAGCUUGCGAAACAAGUCAUGGAUUUCGUCUUCUCGGAUGCCGUAGCCAUGCAAGACAAGCACUCGUCAACGAUCGCUCUCGCAAACAACUCAAAGGUGCGAGUAGAAGUAUGGCACUACAUCCGCGACAACUGGGAUUCCAAGGUUCACCCUGCACUCUCUGGAAACCCUGUCGUGCUAGAGCGCUUCCUGAGAUUUGGUCUCAACAAGUUUACCGAUGCUGCUGUCGCGGACGACAUUCAGAAGUUCUUCUCCAACAAGGAUACCAGAGGUUACAACAAGGGCCUUGAGGUUGUGGAUGACACGAUCCGCAGUUACGCUGCCUAUGCUGCACGAGACGAGAAGGUCGUGCGGGAGUGGCUGAGUGCAAACGGCUACUUGGGUUGA